CAAAAUUUCACCUUGUAAAAAAAAAAAAGUCAUAAUAAUUCCAAAACCCCCCAAACAAUAGAACAAUAACAUCACGGAUCCAUCCUCUCCAACAACCCAGAAAAUAAAAAAUAUAAAAAAUUAAUAAUUAACCAUAUUUAUUAAACAGAAAAAUGAAACAAAAGAAAAGAAAAAGAUUCCUUACACCUCUCGUCUCCUCUCCUCCACACCACCACCACCAGGCAGGCAGCACCAACAACAAAGAACAAACAACGAAGAAAGAAAAUGGCGGAGAGCUAAAAAAGCAGAUCCUCCGAGAGAAAAUAUAGAGAGAGAGAUAGAUAGAGAAACAGAGGGACUCCAUACCAUUUCUACAUUACUGCAUCUCUCCCUCCUUAUCUUGCUCAGCACCAUCAAUUUCCCCACCCCCGUCCUUCCCUUCCAUCCGAUCCAUUUUCCUGCAAUCUGCUAAAUAAUUUGCUGCAAACCCUAACUCUAGCUUUCCCGAAUCCCCAAAAUAUAAGAAAAUCAACUCCUUCCUUCCAAGCCUCCCCCUUUCCCUCCCCAUUCUUUCCCACCACCACCAUCGCCAUUGCUCCCCGCAGAUGAAGCAAAUGUCUCAUCUUGAUCACACCCCUUCAACCCCUGGCAAAUUCAAGAUGGACAAAUCCGCUUACCCUUACCAUGGCGGCAGGUUGAGGUGGCACUCUUCUUUGGCAAAGCUCACAUUUUGGUCCUUUGUAUUCAUUGGUGUCAUCUUCAUCUUCUUCUAUCGAUCCCCUUCGUCUUCAUCCUCUUCCUCCGCCGCCGCCACCACAUCGUCCUCCUCCAGUCGCUUCCAUUCUGAUCCGUCGCGCCGUUCCCUACGCACCUCUUCUUGGGGCGGACCCGCCUGGGAGAAGAAAGUCCGCACCUCUGCCCGCAUCCGGUCCCGCAAUGGCUUCUCCGUCCUCGUCACCGGCGCUGCCGGUUUCGUUGGGACCCACGUCUCGUCGGCCUUGAAGCGCCGCGGGGAUGGCGUUCUGGGCCUCGAUAAUUUCAACGAUUACUAUGAUCCAACUCUUAAGCGGGCUAGGCAAGCGCUUCUGGAGCGCGCUGGGGUGUUCAUCGUAGAAGGAGAUAUCAACGACGCCGCAUUGCUGAAGAAGCUGUUCGAAGUUGUGCCAUUCACCCAUGUAAUGCACUUGGCCGCCCAGGCUGGGGUUAGGUACGCAAUGCAGAACCCUGGCUCUUAUGUCCACAGCAACAUUGCCGGAUUUGUUAGCUUGCUAGAGGUUUGCAAAGAGGCCACCCCGCAACCUGCCAUUGUGUGGGCAUCUUCUAGUUCUGUCUAUGGCCUUAAUACAAAAGUUCCCUUCUCUGAGAAAGACAGAACUGACCAACCUGCUAGCUUGUAUGCUGCUACCAAAAAGGCUGGGGAGGAAAUUGCUCAUACAUAUAAUCAUAUCUAUGGCCUAUCCCUUACUGGGUUGAGGUUCUUUACCGUGUAUGGGCCAUGGGGACGGCCUGAUAUGGCGUAUUUCUUCUUCACCAAGGAUAUCUUGAAUGGGAAGAGCAUACCCAUUUUUGAAGGUGAGAAUCAUGGGACGGUUGCUCGAGACUUUACCUACAUUGAUGAUAUUGUUAAGGGGUGCUUAGGUGCUUUGGAUACUGCACAAAAGAGUACAGGCAGUGGAGGAAAGAAAAAGGGGCCUGCCCAAUUGAGAGUUUUCAACUUGGGGAACACUUCCCCUAUUCCUGUUACCAAUCUGGUCACCAUUCUUGAAAGGCUUUUGAAGGUGAAGGCCAAGAGGAACGUUAUGAAGUUGCCUAGGAAUGGGGAUGUGCAGUUUACACAUGCUAAUAUUAGUUUGGCUCACAGGGAGCUUGGUUAUAAGCCCACCACAAAUCUUCAAACAGGGUUGAAGAAAUUUGUUCGAUGGUAUCUCAAUUACUAUUCUGCUGCAGGGAAGAAGGCUGAUGCACGAUGACUUGAAUUCUUUUUUAUUUUUCCUUUUCGGGAUGUGUUGCCGGGUACUAAAGAGAAUUUCUUCUUCAAUAUCAUUCUUAUGAUUGUUUUCCUAAAAACAGUUCUUGUCCGCUUCAUUGCACCAAUUCUAUUGUCUCUUCCACAUGUGUCUAAUUGUUGAUAUAUUAGGGAAGGAUAUAUAUCUUUUGAUCAAUAUGUUGAAGAAAGAUUUGUGAAAAUUUGCGGAUAUUGUUUCGCUGGCACUCCUGAGCUGUGUAUCAAAAUUCAAACCCUGAAUCAUAAUUUUUUUCUUUGUUUUUGAUUUUUUUGGACUUGUAAUUGUUGUAGUUUCGGCUUUGUAGAAUCGAUUACUGUAGAGCACAUGCUGAUCGGUGGUACAUGUAUCAUUUCUAGACAAGUUCAAUAAAAUAGCACACGAUGAUUUAGCUCUUCCAGAUUCUUGUUGGAUAUUAUCGUGAGGUCAACUUUUGUUUCUUUGAAUCCUUUACUUGUCAUAUGCAACUCUAGCUGAGUAUAUAAGAACUUGAGGUAUGGAGUUUGACCCUCCUUACUCAUGUAUAGCUUUCAAUUAACUCUUUUGUUACUCUUAAACAGUUGGUGCAUAAGUAACAAGUCUGUGAGAUCACCAUUCUGGUAAAUAGUGAAUACAACAAGAAAACUAUUGUUAUUUUGUUAUCAUUUCUAGUGUAUUUGUGUCGUUCUUACCAGUCUGUGAUUGAUAGAGAAGUCAAUGAUGUCCUGUCUCGAUCAGUGUUUUACUUGAAGAAAUUUUUGCAUGCUACACUUUCAUUUGACUUACCGUCAGUGUUGUAUUGCUCCUUUCUGAAUUUCAUCUGUUGCUUGCCGUAACAGUCUUUUGAUAAUCUGAUGGUAAACAUCAGAUAAUCUUACAGAAUUAUACAUUGCCUGUCACAGGCUGGACUUGUUUGGAGUUUUAUUUCGUGAUACCUUGGUACUUUCCAUCCCUGCAAAGGCAUAGCCCUUACAAGUUACAAAUUGUGCAGAAUCCUAUACUAGUAUUAGCUAAAAGCUGUAACAGGCAUUACUCUAUGUCGAGUUAAUGUGUUCCUUUCCCACUAGAUUGAUGUUAGGCAAUAAGCUUCAUAUUAGUUUCUGGUUUAAGAAUUGAUGUCUGAAGUUGUUGCUUGGCCUUGUAACUUCCAUGUUCAUGCUUUGUCCGUCGUCAGUCUGGAUGGAUUUGGCAUUGAAGAAUUGAUCAACGGUUUGUUUCUGCUUGUGGUCAGAGAAAUUUGAUAUCUGUACAUGGAACCAUGGUCAUUUUCAUAUGAAUUCAUUUUCCCAUUUGCCUCCGAAUUAUCCGAUACUUGGAAAUGAAGAUACCUUAGUAUGAAACAUAUCAUGGUUGAUUGCUUUUGGUAGGAUGGUUAACGAUUUGCACUAUCUGCAUCAGGUGGUUCCUGAAUAGCUGGGACAUAUACGAGGCUGGAGGUACUGGAUUUUGGCAAUCAUGGAAAGGAGUGGUAGUAGUUCUUACAACAUGUGGUCCUACAUCAUAAAAGGAUGAUUACUUGCAUAUAAAUACUGAAGUAGUAGAUAUCUGGGUUUGUUUGGUAGUUCUCAAAGACCUGUUGUGUUGACAAAAGGGAAAAGAGUGAUGGUUUGGUGCUGAUAAAUGGUAAGAAGUGUUGUCAUUCUGUCAUUGUUCUUCUUUAUCUUCAUCUGCUUCACCUGAUUUCCCUUUCGGGGCCUUAUUGAUGUUGAUCUGCCUGACUUGUUCUAGAGGAUGAAUUGACAAGUAGUUCAUGUUUCUUAGCUUACUGCUGGAACCAUCAUUUGUUGUCGUGUUCUUUACUGUCGUUUGCUUGCAGAUGCUGCGGCCGCUAAUAGAGUCCAAUUUAGUUGCUGCUUAUGUUCAUUAGAAGCUGUGCGAGCGUGUUGAAUAAAUCAUUGUUUUGUUGAGUUCCGGUUUGAAUCAUUGUAGUUACCAGCCAGUCCACCGUGCAUCUGCAAGGUUAAUCACUUAAUCCUGUUACUGAGUUGUUUUUUCUCCUUCACGAAUUCAUGACUUCAGAACAGCAGAAGGCAAGAAACUUUGUCCUUUUUAUGUACUUUCCCCUGGAAAGCUUGCUUGUGGAGAUAAUUACUACAACUAUGGAAAGCAAUGUUCUUGUUUCUAUGCAAAGCAAAGUCUGCACAGCCCGGCCCGUCAGUCAUGGUCAUGGUUGUUGAUUUUGAAGGUGAUGUAUCUUUCUUCUCUUUUCUGUGGCUUUCUGAACGAUGCGAAUGGCAAACAUAUGAGCUGAUGAUUGAUGUCCCAGCUCAUUAUAAUGGCGGAGCCAGGAUUCAAGCUUUUGGAGGCCGAAAUAUUUCUGUUCGUAUUGUUGAAAAAGAAAAACAAACUAAAAAAUAAUGUAUCAAAGUUAUGAAAACUAAUACUUUUAAUUGUCAUAAUUGCCCAAGCCAAUUUUUUUAAGACAAUUAGAUUUACUUAAAACAUGAUUUAAGAUGAAAAAUACCAUGUCUGUGAAUUCUAGUUUGACUUUCUACUUGAUUUAUUUGAAUGAUUAUAUAUUUUUAGGUAAUUGUUUUUUUUUAGAAAAUAGAGCGUUUAAAGGGCG